AUUCUUCAGCCAUUAUAAGUGCAUGUAAGAAGGCUGUUCUCUGUUUUCUCUUCUGUGAUGACAAGGAAGAUUCUCAUCUGGCCUGCAGAAUCCACCACUGGCUCAACCUUAAAGCCAUAAAUGUGGUUGUUACCUAGAGUGCUAUACCGCCUAUGAAGACAAAUCAGUAUCUGGAAUACAAGGUGGAGAUCAUACAGGUUCCAUACACCAAACAGGAUAUCGUUGAUGUCUUGGACAGAGCUUUGAAGUACUGGAUACAUACCCUGACAACCCGAACCAGGUUUUUUAAAGAUCAAGCAGGUAACUGACAGGUCAUCAGAACUGUACAAGAAAUCUGUUUCUAUGUGAAGAUCUGCUGGAGAAGUGGAGAAAAAGAACAGUUUGAUGUUCUUCUGAUAGACCAUGUGUAUAUGUGUGGGGAUCUGCUAGCACAGAAACUAAAUCUUUUAUCAUCACCUUUAUAGCUUGAAAAAUGAAAAUACAGUCAAAUACAGUAGUAUCUUGAUAUAUAAGAUAUCUUGUAGUGAACCGUGACCUUUGUUUUAAAACACUUUUCCUUUAUUGGUUGAAAGUAAAGCGGACAAUCUGAUAUCCACUGAUAGUAGUGUGUAGUCAUUCAUUAACUGUGCAAAAACAGGUUAGACAACCCCUUUGUUGUCAUUGUUUCCUGGUUUACCCGUUAUUUCAUUUGAUACAACGAUGAGAAACAGAUCAUGUGCCUUGCUAAUGUUGCUGCUGAGCUUGACUGAAACUGUUCUCAGUGGCAAUGUGUUGGUGCUUCCAGGCGAAUACAGUCACUGGAAGAAUAUGCGUAUAAUGGUUGAGGAGCUUGUGGAGCGGCACCACAAUGUGACCGUUCUCACACACUCUGCCUCACCUACAGUGAACCAGUCUGAAAAGGCGAGGUUCAAAUUCAUGCUUUUUCAAGUCAAUGCUAGUGCAGAGGAGGCAGACAGGGUUUCACAAAAACUUAUCAAUCUCUGGUUGGAUCAAGACAGCACCAGUUUUCAGAAGCUGGCCUCGAUUUGGGACGUGAUGUCAGGGGGGUCGCGCUACAUGCAGGCUGUGUGUGAUGGAAUGUUUAAGAAAGACCUUGUGGACUUGCUAAAGGAGUCACACUUCGAUGUGCUUCUGUACGACCCUAUGAUGCCAUGUGCAGACUUGCUGGCAGAUGUUCUUGAUUUGCCCUUUGUGAUAUCAAUCCGGGUGACUUUUGCUAAUACGCUCGAGCGGCUCUGUGGGCAGAUGCCCGCUCCACCAUCGUAUGUACCUGCAGCUGCCACUCAGGGGCAUCUGACUGAUCAUAUGGACUUUAUGGAGCGAUUAGAGAAUGUGAUACUCUACAUAGUACACACAGCAAUGGUCAGACUUCAAACAAUGUUGAUUCAUGACAAACAUCUCAGCAAAAUUGCUGGCAAACCUACAACGCUGUGUGAAACUAUGAGCAAAGCUGACAUCUGGUUAAUCCGAACUUAUUGGGACUUUGAAUAUCCAAGACCAUUUUUGCCAAACUUUAAAUUUGUGGGUGGAUUACACUGCAAACCAGCAAAACCUCUACCGAAAGAGAUGGAGGAAUUUGUCCAGAGCUCAGGAGAUGAUGGUAUUGUAGUGUUUUCACUGGGAUCCUUAAUAAAAAACCUCACCAAAGAAAGAGCAAAUACCAUUGCUUCAGCACUUGGCCAGAUUCCCCAAAAGGUAUUAUGGGGGUAUGCAGGGGAGAAACCAGAAACUCUUGCUCCUAAUAUAAGAAUCUAUGACUGGAUUCCUCAAAAUGAUUUACUAGGACAUCCUAAAACCAAGGCCUUCAUCACCCAUGGUGGGACUAAUGGAAUAUAUGAAGCUAUUUAUCAUGGAGUUCCAAUGGUGGGCCUGCCGCUGUUUAUUGAUCAGCCUGACAACAUGAAUCACAUGAAAACCAAAGGAGCUGCUGUUACACUUGACUUCUUCAAAAUGGAGAGCAAGGACUUGACACAAGCUCUUAAUGACGUCAUUAGCAAUCCAUCCUAUAAAGAGAGCAUGAUGAGGUUAUCCCGAAUCCAUCAUGAUCAACCAAUGAAGCCACUAGACCAGGCAAUCUAUUGGAUUGAGUUUGUAAUGCGCCAUAAGGGGGCCAAGCACCUCAGGGUCGAAGCCCAUAACCUCACGUGGUAUCAGUACCACUGCUUGGAUGUGGCAGCCUUUUUAAUUUCUCUAAUUGCACUGGUUGCGUUUAUCUUUGUAAAAACAUGCAGUUGGCUCUUUCAUAAAUGUUUCAGAAAGACCCCAAGAAAGACAAAGAAAGAGUAAAGCAAGUGUAUGUGAAUGUACUGAAUUACUGUUAUGUUUUAAAAUAUGUUUUAGGAAUAAAACACCAUGACCAUGUGCAUACAGAGUACUGUAAAGUUUGUCCAGAUUUACUUACAAAUGAUUUCCAUCUCUUGACCCCCUCCACCAUCCCCAGUGUGCACCUUGGCAGCUUCUCCUCAACUUUUUCCUGCUUAAUAACAUUGGCACCCCCUCUCCUCAAGCCUUUCUCCACAUAUCCCAAAUCUGCCUUCCUAAUCCCACCCCUCAUCUUUACAAUCCAAAUCCCUCCUCUAUUUAAAUAAACACUCGUUUACACAUGUUAUAUGUCUCUUUCACACUUUCCAGACACUCCCCUGUUCAUCCCGAGGCAUCCCUGUGUUCAUCCUGAUCUGUCUUGCACUAUCGCUGUCUGCACAGAGAACUUUUUUAGAGAGCUUUUAAAGAGCGCUAAGAGAUCUUUUGAAUGAAACCAUAUUUUGAAUGAAUCCAUUAAAAGAGAAUAAUUUAGAAUUUUCUGUGUAUAAUCUUAAUUGUACUAAUAAUUGUUAUCCAACUUCAUCUAUAAAAUUUGGGGAUUCUUGAUGAUAUGUCAUGAUUGCACAUGAUGGCACAAUUAGAGGUCUGACUUUUGUUCAUACUCCAGCUUCCUGUAGUUCUCUUGUUGAGUCAUGAGUCACGUGCCUCCUCUAAUGUUUAUUGUGUAGGCUGAGCCCUUCCAUUCUUCAGUCAUUAUAAGUGCAUGUAAGAGGGCUGUUCUCUGUUUUCUCUUCUGUGA